AGGUGUCAGAUAUUCAUGUGUUUUUCCUGUCUGACCCGCGUCUGUCUUUCAUGAGAAGUUUCGUUAUAAAACAUAUCCGGGAAGCACAGUCUGAAAAAGCUAAACGCCUACCUGUGAAUUUACAAUGAAAGCCCAUAAUCAGAUUUCUUUUAUUGCAGAAGUUGCAAAAAUGAUUCCAACUUUACUUUUGCAAAUGUGUCUAUAGUUGAUUGUCUUAUUCAAAGGAGCACUUGAUGAAUAGUUUGCUGUUAAAAGUUAACUCACUUCCUCUUUUGUCACAGUGUUUUAGUUACCGAAAGUCAGGUCUUUUGGUCUGCAGAGUGGUGUAAAGUUCUGUCAGUUAACAAGUUUUGAGUGAUAAGUUCGAUGGAGACGAGUUCUGAACCCUCCUCUGUGAGAAGAGCGGAUACAUGAAUAUGUGCAACUCUAAAGGAUGUGGUCGGGUGUGCGAUGAGGAAGAAAGUGAGGAGGAAGGACUGCACUGAACUCUGAGCUUUCAGUAAACUCGCCAUUUGUUACUGGAACGACUGAGGAAAGACCGGCGUGAAGUUGGAUUAUUUAACUUUUCUUAAUUUGAGAAUGUGUAAUGUUUCUGUGAAGAUGCAUUGAAGACAAGAUGGAAGUGGAGGAGACUGGUGAAACAAGGACUUCCUGGUCUGCAGCACCAGGAGAGACGUACUCCAUCUCCUGUGACCAUGCUGGGAAAAAGAGAAAACAAGACCCGGCCCCUGACCCUGUGAUCAGAAUCACAGAGGAUGAAGAGGAAGAUGAGGAGGGUGAGAUGACUUCUGACCACAUGAGGGAUUCAGAGGAGCCCAGUAAUAAAAGGGUCAAACCUGUGGUGAAGUCCAACAGCCUAACAGGUGUCAUAACGCCGGUGAAGACCCCUGCUCUGAAACGCAUUGGACAGUCCAUUUCGCGGUCUAUUAGUUUUCGCACAGAGGCUCGACCUUUGCCCCCGGCUCCCCUGCGCUCUCGCACAAAGGCCUCGUCUUAUCCACGCCGGCGUAACAGCCAAUGCUGGAGUGACACUGUGGAGAGUCAUGACCUCACUGCAAAGGAGAUCAAACGGCAAGAGGUGAUCUAUGAGCUGACUCAGGGAGAGAGACAACUCAUUGAAGAUCUCAGUCUGGUCAAAAAGGUGUACUAUGAGCCCAUGCUGAAGCUGGACAUAAUGACAGAGAGUGAGCUUGGACAGAUCUUUGGUACACUGGACUCCCUCAUUCCUCUCCAUCAAGAUCUUCUGAGUCGUCUUGAGCGGCUGCGGGGAUCAGAGAAGACGGUCGGAGAGGUGGGGCCUACUCUGAUGAACUGGUUCCCUUGCCUGGAGGCCUAUGUUACAUACUGCUGUAACCAGGUUGGGGCUAAAGCCCUGCUGGACCAGAAAAAGCAAGAGAAAAGAGUGGAGCACUUCCUGCGCUUGUGUCAGGAGUCUUCGUUCAGCAGGAAACUGGACCUGUGGAACUUCCUGGAUCUCCCUCGAAGCCGUUUGGUCAAAUACCCUCUUUUGUUGAAAGAGAUACAGAAGUGCACACCUUCAGAGCACCCAGAUGAGGACACACUGCCUGAUGCUUUGGAGCUGAUCCAGAGCAUCGUGGCAGAGGUGAACAAGAAGACGGGAGAGGCGGAGUGUCAGUUCUACAGGCGAGGUCUUACUUACCUCGAAGAGAGUCAGAGACUACCAGAGAUCCAGCUGUCCCGCUUCCUCUACUGCCACGGAGAGCUCAAGAACAAUAAGGGCCAGCGUCUGCAUGUAUUCCUGUUUGAGCUGGCAUUGGUGCUGACCAGGCCGGGGGAGGACAGAGAGGGAGGUCAGGUGUUCAAUGUGUACAGACAGCCUCUGCCCAAUGCCUCGAUAAAUCUGGAGGAGAUCCCAGAUGGGGAGGCUGCUGGCGGGGGCACCUUCAGGGGAGCCUUCACAGGAGGAAAUGAUAAAGUGAAGAACUGUUUCCGUGUGAGCAGCAGAGGGCGCUCCAAAGCUCACCCCUACAGCCUGCAGGCCAACGACUCCUUCAGCAAGCAGCAGUGGAUCACUUGUCUGCGCCAAGCCAUCGUCCAGUCGCGGGACAGGACCGCUCAGACCAGCCAGUCGCAGUUGUCCCCUCAUCACCCUGAUCCUGCCCUGUAUCACAUAGCCGAGCUCAGCCUCAGCUCGGACACAGAGAUGGCAGACCAUACCAGUCGCUGACUGUCAGACUGCUGAUCAGGAGGCCUGGGGAGUGUCUGCAGAUCUGUACAUUGACAUUGGAGAGAAUAAAACAUGGACAGUUUGUGAAAGAUGAUUGUACUUUGAAUUUCAUACAUGGAUUUAGUCUGUUGUUGCAUUUGCUGAUGGAUUGCAUGACUGUACAGGUGGAGAGCAGUAUUACUGAAUGUGAAUUUGUGAAACUGUAAAAUCUUGUUUUUGUUUUUUUUAAAUAAACUGACACUUAAAAGCUGU